UGACAGAGAGCAAAACAAGAGGGUAUUACAUGAAUAACCCGCAGCAGCGAAAUACGUCUAUCAAUGAACUUAACCUAAGUCUUAUUUAGCAAAACUGCAAAACCGUGUGACUAAUAAAGAACUUUUCUGUCAUGCAUGAACACCGUACCGUAAGUUUCGUUCUCGUUAGGUGGGUACGGGUUAUUUCAACGACUCUACAGGGUUAGUUUUUAAAAAUAAUUUCCAAAUCGCACGGGAUGGUAUUGAACGGCGAAACGGUAAUCUUCUAAAAAAUAAUUGAUAUGUGCCAUCAAGAUACACAGGUUUCAGUCUUCAGAUGACAAGAUGCCAUUUAGUAUUGCGAUUGCAAGAAUAACAACAGACAAAGCCACACGUGUAAUGCCAACUAUGUGAAUCUCGUAACGCGAAUAAAAAAUAACGCUGAUUUAUUUCCAGUUAAUCAUUUAGAAAUUUGUCUCUAAGUUUAUUUACUCUCAACAUGGCAGCUUUAAUGAAAAAAAGGGUACUUGCUGAGUUUAAUCAGAGUCAGGUUGUAACAUUAGAAAAACCUCUUAGAAAACGUAUAAAAUUGACAAAACUCAUAUCUUCUAUCGAUGGAAAAAAUGAAAAUUUAUAUGGAGCCAACUCGGCUAUGGCCUACAUAGAAUGUUUGGAACACAGCAAAAGUGGUAAUGAAGCUAUGAAUUAUUUGAUAAGAAUAUCUGAUACUCUUGGAAAAAUAAAGCUGGAAGAUAUUCCAACUGCUGUGAAGAAAUUAACUGGAAGAUUUCAAAUUGAAUUAGAAGCUGCAGUUCGUGCAAAAAUUCUUUCAGUAUUUGCAGAACUCGGUGAAUUAACCAACAAUAUACUCGAUAAAACUACAAUUAUUACAGAAACAGUAAAUCUUAUCAAGAAUGAAAAAGCCCAUAGAGUAAAAUGUCAAGGUCUAGCCACUCUUUAUACAUUAGGGGACCAUAAUAGAAAUCUUGUAUUAAAUACUGCCACAGAAAAUUUGAAUGAUUCUUGGCAUGGAGUUCAAAUUCAAUGUUUAUGCAUCAUAGGCCGUUAUUUACCUACAAAUUUAGCUGAUGAUACACUUAUAUUGGUAAAUAGUUAUGCGAAAUCACAAGAUGCCAGAGUGAGAGCUCAAGCAUUUGAAACAAUGGCAGAAUUGCACUCCUUAAGAGGCUGUAGAAUCCCUGCAAGUUUUUUUUUAGAAGUCUGUUUGUGUUUGCAAGAUGAUUAUGAAAUUGUGAGAAGAGCAGUUCUAAAGCUUAUUUGGCUUUUAGGAAAUGCAUAUCCUGAAGUCAUGGUACCCGGAGGAAGAGAAUUUAAUGAAGAUAUGAGGAUGGUGGAUAGUGCUUUUUGUAAGCUAUGUAUUCUUAUGGGAGAUCUUUCACCUAAAGUUAGAGUAGCAGCAAUGUCAUUACUAGGAUCAUUAAAUGGUGUUUCUCGUUGUCACAUAGAACAAGCUUUGGAUAAAAAAUUGAUUAGAGUAGAAGUUGAAUGUGGACCACCAGAAGAAAGAACUGGAAUUAAUAUGUGUGGAGCAUUUAUUCAUGGGCUUGAAGAUGAAUUUUUAGAGGUCAGAACAGCUGCAGUUGAUUCCUUGUGUGCAUUAGCAUUAAAAACUCCAAAAAUUGCUCAUCUUGCAUUAGAAUUCAUGGUCGAUAUGUUUAAUGAUGAAAUUCAAGAUGUUCGAAUAAGAGCCAUUGAGUCACUUAGAAAGAUGUCAGUUUAUGUAACAUUGAAUGAAGACCAGCUCGAAACAAUUUUAGGUGCUCUGGAGGACCGUGCUGGAGAAGUCAGAGAAGGUUUACAUAAUACAUUAGGUGCAAGUCACUUAUCAACAAAAACCUGCUUGCACAUGUGUGUAACCAAGUUGCUUGAUAAUCUGAAUCGCUAUCCUCAAGAUCAAGAUACUAUAUAUGCUUGUUUAGCAUCAAUGGGAGCUACUCAUCCUUAUUUAACUUUGCCUCUUGUACCACAACUAUUGGGACAGCAUGCAUUUUUUGAUACACCAGAACCAAAUGUAGCUAUGCCAUCAUAUGUAAGUGUUUUAGUUCUAAUAUUUAAUGCUGCUGCACAUUGCCCAAGUAUGCAUUCAAUAUUUACUCAUCAUGCUGUUAAACAUUAUCAUUACUUGCGUGAUACAAUGCCGCAUAUAGUCCCUAGACUUAAACCUGCCUUGCUAAUUGGUAAUACAGGUAAAUCUGAUGAAAAAACAAGGCAAGAUGAAGAAGUAGAAGAUGAGAAUGCAAGACACUUUUUAGAAAAAAUGGUCAGUAACAUAGAAAACGCUAGGCCUGGUGGACGAGUUUAUACUCAAUUAUUACAAGCUGCAGCAGAUGAUUUAGAUAGACUUGCUGGAAUGGAUUUAAGAAUGGAAGGAGUGGCUAGAUUUUCAGCUUUAUACAUAAGAUGUUUAUUGGUUUUUAAAAAUUUAAUUAAAUUAUAUGCAUUGUCUCCAAAUGGAAAUGCAAUGCAUUCAUCCACUACGAUCAGCAGUAAUAUUUCGCUUCUCAUGAAGAAUGCACAAAAAUUAUUGCAACUUUUCAUUGGACUAGGUGAAAAUGAAGCAACUUUGGCAACUGAUAUUUGGCUUAAAGCAUUGGCCUUAGAUUUAGUACGAAUGACAAAAAAUUCUGAUGUUGCUAGUGCAAAAUUUUUAACAAGGCAACUUCUCUUAGCUGCUGAUACUUUACCUGAUGAUCCACAGAAACUUCCACCGUUUUCAAAAGCAUUAAUUCAACAAUUGUCAAGUGUUGAGGAAGCAAAACCACAGAUAUUAUCAAAGCUUCUUUUACCUUUGUUAAUAAAUCCAACGAAGAAAGGUGAAGAAAAAUUACCAAGACCGCCGCAAUCAACUAAAUAUUGCCAAGCAGUUAUAGAAGAACCCGUUAGUGAUUCUGAUACUGUUUUAAAAUUUACUGGUGGACUUGUUUUGGGUAUACCUUUGACAGCAAAAAUAUUAAAUCUUCGUAAUCCUACAGACGUAAGGAUAAAAUUGCGACAUCCAGAUCAAAAGGUUCAAUUGAUAUUACCCCGACAAAAUGAUCUCAAGUUGCAGCAUGAUAAAUCAAAUGACUACAGGCUAAGAACGACAGUACUUGUAUCUCAUCAAGUAUGGAUGGAAGCCUGUUCUGUUGAAAUUUCAAUAGCUUUACUGACAAAUUCAACUGCAACUGGGACACAUAAAAGACUUGAUGAUGCGUGUGUAAUUGAUUUAUGUAAACCUACAAAGAUAACAAUUUCACCGAAACAAAUGAAAAGAGGAGGAAUUUAAUUAUUAGUUAGGAUUAAGUUAUUAAAAUACAAAUAUGUUAAGUAGUAUUUUAUAUGCACGGCGCAUUUUAGAGCUCAAACAACAAAUGCUGAUAAAACAGUAGCUAAAAGUUUUACUUCUAGCACUAAUAUUGUACUCUUAUUUGUGGCCAUUUAAAAAUUUACUUAUGCAUCUACUACUUUUUGUGGUGCAAGUAACUAACGAUAUAACGCUACUUGCAUUACUAAAUUAAAAAUAAAUUUAAGUUACAUAGUACAAUACGUAAAAUAUUUAUAGGCAUUUAUAUAUGUAAAUAAUUAAAUAAAUAAAAAUUCUCGAGUCACACGAACAGAAUA